AUGAUCAUUGAUGUCCUUCACCCUGGAAAGGCAAGAGUACCUAAGACAGAAAUUCAGGAAAACCCAGCCAAAAUGUAUAAUACCAUACAAGACAUCAUAUUUGUAUUUGGAUUCAUAACCAUUUUUGGUGGUGGCAAGAUACCUGACUUGAUUUAUGAUUCCUUGGAUUAUGAAAAGAAAAAUGAACCCAAACAUAGACCUACAAGACAUGGCCAGUAUGGGAAGAAAAGGACGUCAAGAAAACACCAAAAGAAAUGCAAGAGCAGAAUGAAGAAAUUCAAGGGGACUGCAAAAGCCAAGGUUGGUGCUGGCAAAAGAUGA